GGCUCACAGAGCUCCGCUGUGCCUGUGGCGGACACGUCUCACAUGUGAACAACCGUAACUUUUAAAUGACACUUCUAAAGGAUUAUUACUGGAAAUACUCAGGGUGAGCCGCUGUAGCACAUCUGACAUGGACACCAAACGCCAGAGUGUGGUGAUGGAGCGACUUGUAAAUGAGUUGGGUUCUCUGCUGAAGAUGCUCGACCACGAGACGGUCAGUCCUGCAACCGCUGAAAAGAUGGCCUCCAUACGCAACAUCCUGGACUCACUGCAGCUGUCAGUCAAUGGAUCAGACGUCUACAUGAACAGCUGUCUCUAUGGCAACGGCACAAGCUUUGUAGAGUCUCUGUUUGAGGAUUUUGACUGUGACUUGCACAUGCUCAGUGCAUCUCCAGUGGAGCAGAAAGAGCACAAAGAGGAAGAGGAGAAGACUCAUCCCAAUAAAUCUACACCUACCGACACGCCCCCUCCUCUGCCAACCACCCCCCUUCCUGAUGACUACUAUGAAGAGGCUGUUCCUCUGGAUCCCGGAUCCACCCCUCAGUACUUUACCACCAAUAUCCACACUUCCAUGAACUCAGUGGAGGACGCUUACUAUGAAGAUGCAGACAAUAACUACCCCACCACCAGGAUCAACGGUCCUCCCAAAAACUCCUACAAUGACUCAGAUGCGCUGAGCAGUUCCUAUGAGUCUUACGAGGAAGAGGAUGAGGAGGCAAAGGGGCGGGACCAACCUCAGAGAUGGACAAAUGAGGAAAGCUCAGAUGGACCAGUUAGAGACUGCCGCAUCUGCGCCUUCCUGCUGCGAAAGAAACGCUUUGGCCAAUGGACGAAACAGCUGGUCGUCGUGCGAGACAGUAAACUGCAGUGUUAUAAGAGCAUCAAAGAGAGCACUCCCCACACAGAGCUCCCCCUGAAUCUGUGCAACGUCAUCUAUGUCCCUAAGGAGGGCAAGAAAAAGAGACAUGAGCUGCGUUUCUCUUUGCCUGGAGGCGAAGCCCUAGUCCUGGCUGUUCAGAGCAAAGAGCAGGCCCAGCGGUGGCUCAAGGUGGUGCAAGAUGUUGGCAGCCAAUGUAGCAAGACUGAAGGACCAGAUGGAUCCACUUCUCCCAUUAUACAGAGGAAGUUGGAGCUUGACAAGGUGCUGCAGUCUGAGCGGCAGGCAUCAGACUCAGACAGCGGGCCAACAGCAGACAAUCAGUCUACUGCACAUGUACCAGGACGGGACACCACUGACUCACUCAGCCGGGGGAAGCGCGGAGCGUUCUCAGAGCUGACCGGGUCGAUGAGCCGAGCAGCAGGGAAGAAAAUCAAUCGGAUCAUCACUUUCUCCAAACGGAAACCGCCUUUACCGGGAGAGCCUCCCUCAUCUUCUGGUAAUCAUGACAACCCACGCUGUGGCUACCUCAGUGUGUGUCUGAGCGGCUCUUGGAAGGAGCGUUGGUGUGUGGUGCGAGAAGGAAGCCUGUACCUGCAGAAGGACCCUGGAGACCAGCGGCCGCCAGUCAUUGUGGUGCCACUCAAAGGGGCAGAGGUGGUGCCAGGUGGCCCCGGCCCCAAACAUCCCUUCUCCUUCCGCAUCCUGCAGGGAGGCAACGAACUGGCAGCUUUAGAGGCCAGCUGCUCGGAGGAUCUUGGCCGCUGGCUUGGUGUGUUGUUUGCAGAGACCGGGAACGUCACUUUGCCUGAAGAGCUGCACUACGAUUACAUCGAUGUGGACACACUCACAGACAUACGGCACGCUGCCAGACACUCCUUCCUGUGGGCCACUACCACGGCUGCUUCCUCCAGCAGUGCCUCGACAGACUCCAGAACUUACGAUGAAGUCUAUGAAAGUGUUGAGGAUGGGGAUGUCGAGAGCAGAGCGGGCCAGGUGAGACGCCACGCCUCCUUCUCCAGCAGGGACUCUGAGAAAACUGAACAGCAGGCCGCCAUUAAGAGACAUGCCUCCAAUGUAAAUCAGUAUGGGCGGUAUGGGAAGACGCGAGCAGAGGAGGAUGCCAGGCGGUACCUGACACAGAAGGAGGAGCUGGAGAAGCAAAAGGAGGAGCUCAGAAAUGCACUGAUUUCUCUCCGCAGGGAGAAGAAGGAGGUGAAGGAGGGGAUGAAGAGUGGCACAGGUAAGGGUGUGGAACAGCGGUUAGCUGAGCUGGAGACGCUGUGUAAACAGAAGGAGGAGGAGAGAGUGGAGCUAGAGCUCCGACUGACAGAAGUCAAAGAAAACCUGAAGAAAUCAUUGGCUAGAGGAGCAAUGGGUCCGCCCACUGACACCAAGAUCAGUGUCAAGGCACAGGGCAGUAAAGUUGAAAAGGUUUACAAUGAGACUGUGCCAGUGAACUCAGCAUCUGAGCUUCGUAAACGCCCUCCGUCUCUUUACGCCUCCUCCAAGGGGAGCGUCAUGCAGAAGGCAAAGGAGUGGGAGUCAAAGAAGGGGACCUAGACUGAACGUGAACGGAUCGACAGAUGGAUUGAUGGAGAGAAAAAAACUGAGCUGUGACAGGAAGACAUGUAAAGGAAGAAACAGAUGAAGAGCAAGAAAAAGUGGCACUGAGAAGAGGAAGAAGAGAAGGAGGACAGAGGACAGACUCUGACACAUUCCUCCCUCCUCUUAUCUAAAGAAAAAGAGAAAUCUUUUGCAAGUCCAGGCAGCACGGUGCUGUCUCCAACCACUGUAAAUACAACAGACUUGAUGUACCAGUACAGUAUUAAUGUGGAUCUCUAUGAACAUGAAAUCUAUAUGUUUGUGUGAGUUUGCAUGUGUGUUUACAUUUGCACUGGGCUGCAGAAAGUGAAAAUGUGAUUACUUCAUAGACGUGCAAAGCAAAGGGAGAGUAUGGUUCAUCAACACUGUGAGUUCAGAGUUACAGACAAGACUUCCUAUCUACACCCACUGAUUUUAUUCCCUUUUACAUAUUUGUCACUGUACAAUGAAAAACUAAAGUAAAGAAAUUAUUACCUUAAAUUAUCAUUAUCAAUAGUGAGAGAAGCAUCUCACAUCUUGUGAUGUGUAUUUAAACCAUUAGGGAGAUAUAUUGAGUAUGACACUGUUCCUGAAACCAAUGAGUAAAUGUUUGUUAUUGCAAUGUGAAACUAUUCGUUUUUAACCAUUAUAUGUAUUUUUUCCAUAUUUGCCUUUUGCACUUUAUCUUGUUAUAUUUUGUGGUUACACAAAUGUCUUGGAAAUUAGCCUUUGCACCCCUCUUAGCAGAAUCAUUUGAGGAUAAAUGCCCAUGUCUGCUUUCCCUGCUCAUCACAGAGAUAUGAACAAAUACACACAUGUUGGAGUAAAUGAUUACUUUAUC